AUGCGCACCUCGUUCCUCGCCCUCGCCGCCCUCGCCUCGCUCGCCGUUGCCGCCCCCUGCCCUCAGCCCGCCGGCUCGUCGGUCAACAACAUCGGCUCGGGCAACUCGGACAACAACAUCCUCGGCGGUCUCCUCUCGCCGUCGAUCGGCUCGGGCAACAGCGUCGGCAACGGCAACUCGGCUGACGGUGCUGGGUCGGGCAACGACGCCGGCACGGUCAACGGCAACGAGGGCAACUCGGCUGGCAACGGCGCGGGCUCGGGCAACUCGGCAGGCAACGGCAGCGGCUCGGGCAACGCCAACGGUGCCGGCGCAGGUGCAGGUGCAGGUGCAGGUGCGGCGGCGGGUGCGGGCUCGAGCAACGGCUCGGGUAACGCGGCCGGCAUCGGCAACAUGGUCCAGUCUCUCCUUAACGCGCUCAUGGGCAAGGGCAACUGA